AUGGCAAGAUUUUCAGUCUUGAUCAAUAGUAACCCAGAGGGUUUUUUCAAUAGCUCUCGAGGCUUAAGACAGGGUGAUCCCUUGUCCCCUCUGCUUUUUGUUAUCGUCAUGGAGGCUUUGAGUAGGAUAUUAUCGGCUGUGGUUAGUCAUGGUUUUAUGGAUGGAUUUUCUGUGGAUGAUCCACAAAGGAGCCUUAUCUUGGUCUCCCAUUUAUUAUUUGCAGAUGAAACUUUAAUUUUCUGUGAUGCAGAGCAAGAUCAACUUAGGGCAAUGAAGGUGCUUCUUUUUUGUUUCGAAGCAGCGUCAGGUUUAAGAGUUAACUUCGAUAAAUCAGAAUUAGUGCCUGUUGGAAACGUCAACAUUUCUUGA